CGGGGCCCAAGGGGAAGCCCAUGGGAAAGUGUCUGUGUGUGUGUGUGUUUGAGAUCCUGUACAGUACAUGGGCGUGUCAGUGUCAGACAAUUCGAGUCCGCUUGCGCAACAAGCUUCAAGUUCCACUCGAUGGCGGGAGGACACGACCGCGGCACCUAUCAAACUGCAGGCAUGGCCGACUCACCUCUCACCUGCGUCAAAGUGGACGAGGAGGAGAUGUCGCUCAACACGGUCCCGGGCUCGGCGGCCAUCCGCAAAAGCCGAAGGUGGGCGCCGCGGAAGAACGGCAUCUGCGACGACAAGUAUCACAGGCGGCUGGCCGUCUGCAGCAUCAUCUGCGGGGUCUCCUGCAUCGGAAUCCAAGCGCUCAUCAACUCGGUCAAAGCCGAGAUGGAGCCCAAACAAGAGUUGGCGGCCAGGCUUUCGCGGCGUGCCAGGAGGCUGGGCAUCAUCUCCAUCGUGGCGUUGAUCUGCAUUCUCAUCCUGAUACCGGUGCUCAUGGCGCUUUUCUCCUACUUGCUCACGCUGAAAAACUGACAGGCAACCACGGUGGGCCACGUUUAUCAAAUGAUCUUUAUUUAUUUGCAAAGACACGUAUAAAACCAAGUACACAACAUUUACACAGGACAAAUGCUCGACACAAUAUGUAAUAGCCAAGCUUGUAGAAAAUAGUUCAUCAAUUAACCACCACGCUAAGGAAACGAGCGGCAUUAUUGCAUUUGACACUUUCGAAGAAAGGUGGACGCUUGGAUGCAAGACAAACACUCUAAGGCCGGCCGCCUUGUCAACCAAAACAAGAAUGCAAUAACGGUAAUAAAUAAGAGCUGCCAUAA